CCUGCUGACAAGCAGCGUUGCCUGGGCUCGGGCCCAGCCGGGGAAUGGCCAUCCCCAGGUCAGGAGAGGGUGAAUGUGCCGGUGGUUGAUGGAUGCCGUCUCCUGGGAGGGGGACACAGCUGCCGUGCUGCACAGCCCUGUCUCCCCCUCGUCUCCUGGGGGUAUCGCUGAUGCAGAGCGCAGCUGGAGGGAUGGAGAAGAGCGGCCGCGUAGGUACCGGUGUCCCAGAUGCUGGCUCCGUGCUGGGAUGUGCCUCGGCGCUGAGGCCGGCGGUGGAAGGGCUGGAGGACGGCGGGUGUUGCCAGAGACGGAUGCGGCAAGGAUGAACGUGUUGCUCCACCGCGCAGCAAUGGAGAAGCCGGGGAGCGCGUUGUCCCUGAGCCCGGGGGAUCGUGGCAGGGAGGGCUGAGCCAGGGCCAUGGGUAUGGAAGUACCCAGGAGAUGCCCCUGCACCACGGGCUGUGGUGCCAGACCUCUCCUGCCUCUUUGCUGUGGUUGCUGGCCCCGCAAAUGUUGUACAAGGCACAGGGACAGACCUCCUCCCCAAGCCCAUUAGGGAAGCAGCUAAUUAAGCUCUGCGGUGUCCCUGAGAGGUCGGUAGGAGAUGUGCCAGCAUCGCAGCCAUCUCCCAGAGCUUGCACCGGCGCGGGAGCUCUGUGCUGUGCCCCAGGACAGGGAGGGCUGCCUUGCACCUCCUCGUUCGAAUGUGCACUUAUUCCUGAUGCUUGUGGGGUGACACGGUGCCCAGUGCCCCAGGACAGACACCCUGAUGUCCCCCACCUCAGCUGGGCUCAGGACGGAGGGGUCCUGGCUGGGAUGCCCCAACACUCCCACCAGCCCUCGUCAUGGCUCCAGCGAGGCCAGGCAGUGGGGAGAGAGCCUGUACAAAUAUUAUUGUUAUUAUUACCCAUAACUAUAUGCAGGCACUUAACGACCUUGGCAUGGAGCAUUUCCUGGGGAUUCAUGACCAGUUGGCGUUAAUGGUCCUUAGCUGCACCUCGGGCCAUCAGCUCCUCCCAGCCCAUCGUUAAUCCACAGGAAAUGUCUCAGGCAUCGAUCCUCAUUGCUUAAUUAAUAAAUGCAACUUGCCUCCCCGCCUGAGAUUUAGAGAUACUCACUGCUGCUUUCCCCGCUGCUUUGAAGGUGACUUUUUUAGCACAGAUCCCUCAUGCCAGGAGGCCCUUGUGGGUUUUUGUUUCCUGGCAUUCAUCUGGGUGCGGGCUAUGGCAGCAGGAAAGAGUUUGCUCUCCUGGGCGGGAGGGAAGGAACUGAACCGCUGCUGGGCUUGGGGUUUCUCCAGCUAAUGUGGCACAGCACGAGGAGCACAUCUUUCCCACGGAACACAAAGCCUUGAUUACCUUCAGCCAAGUGCAUCCAAGAGCCCGGGCAAGAAGCAGCGUGAGCCGGCAUGGAAGAACAUGAUAGACAGCUCCAAAAGGAUGCUCGGGCGCCGGUGAGGGGAGAUUUGCCUGCCGGAGGAUGGGGUGCACGGGGGCAGGCUGCCUGGCAGCGCUGGCCGUGCUGUGCAGGGUUCUCGGGGAUGCUCCCAGCAGAGGCAUCAAAUGCGGGGGGGUGCUUUCAGCACCCUAUGGCAAUUUCUCCAGCCCCAACUUCCCGGGGCGGUACCCCUACGAGACGGAGUGCACGUGGCUGAUCGUGGUGGCCGAGGGCUCCUCCGUCCUGCUCUCCUUCAGCCACUUCGAGCUGGAGUACCACGCCGCCUGCGCCUAUGACUACCUCCAGGUCUACAACGGGGCUGCCCGGGACCAGGGCAACCUCCUGGGCACCUUCUGCGGCCGCAGCCCCCCGCCACCCUUCUCCUCCGCCUGGCACGUCAUGGCCAUCGUCUUCCGCUCCGACCGCCACGUGGCCAAGCGCGGCUUCGCCGCCGCCUACCGGAAAGAUGCCUGCGGCGGGCAGCUGACGGGGCUGUCGGGGGAGAUCACCAGCCCGCGCUACCCCGAGAGCUACCCCAACAACGCCGAGUGCCGCUGGAGCAUCGGGGGGGGCAGCGGUGGCGGCCCCCUCACCCUGGUGUUCACCGACUUCCAGGUGGAAGGGGGCCAGGGCUGUGGCUUCGACUACGUGGCCCUUUUCGAUGGCCCCACCACCGCCGCCCCCCGCCUGGGACGUUACUGCGGCAGCACCCGCCCGCCCCGCAUCGUCUCCUCUGCCCCGCACCUCCUCAUCCUCUUCAAGUCCGACUUCAACAUCGGCGGCAGGGGCUUCAAGGCCCAUUUCUACUCGGGCGAGUGCCAGGAGGUCUUCACCACCGUCAAAGGGAAUCUCUCCAGCCCUCGGUACCCCAACUUCUACCCAAACAACCUCAAGUGCCAGUGGAGCAUCCAGCUGCCCCCGGGCUACCGGAUCAAGGUCUUUUUUUUGGACAUGGAGCUGGAGGGCCGGAGCAGCCUUACGGGCGGCUGUGACUACGACCACUUGGCCGCCUUCGACGGCGGCACCGAGAACGGGUCCCUGCUGGGGCGGUGGUGCGGACGGGAGAGCCUGGCGCCCGUCACCUCCCGCAGCAACCAGUUGCUGCUGGUCCUCCACACCGACCGCAACACGGCCAAGAGGGGCUUCUCCAUCGCCUACGUGGGAGUUGUGCCCAUGAACGUCAGCUGCACCCGGACGGACUUCCACAUCCAGAUCCCUGUGCAGUCCCUGGCCCAGCUGGAGAGGAAUAGGAUUUAUCUGGGGACCCCCUCCUGCGCAGCCCAGGUGGUUGGCAGGAACUUCAGAAUACACACCAGGUUCGACACCUGCGGCACCGAAUCCCAGAAACGCAACAACACAUCCGUCAUCAUCAGCACCCUCUACAUCGAUUUUUCAGCGGGCGACCAGGAGGACAUCCACCAGUACGAGGUGCAGUGUGAGCCGAAGAGGAAGGAAGCCUCGGUGACCCUCAUCGCCGGCCCUCACCCCUCCAGGCUCAGCCAGGCAGAAAACCUGGUGGAUGCCCAGCAGCAGGAGGGGGGAGCGACGGACGCCCGCGAAAUCAAGAGCCAGGACACCAGCGACAUCGUCUUCAUCAGCAUCUGCAUCCUGGCUGGGCUCCUCAUGGUCAUCGCAGUGGUGGGGCUCGUGCUUCUGUAGGAUGCUGCUCCCUGAAUCUGCGAUGCCAGCCCUGCUCGGGGUGCAAACACCCCCCCAAAACCCACCCUCACCCCAGGUUGAGCACUAACAUAGCUGCUCAAAUGGAGACACAGCUCCCAGGCCCCGAAACAGAGCCUGAACACAACCUCCACCUCCUCCCAGCGCCUGAAAAAUCUGGGCAAUAGGCAGCCGUUUCAACUUCCCAAUUUGUUUUCCUCUGUCUCAAUCUGUCCAUUUGGCUCGGGAAUGGAGUUCUUGCGCUUCCUAACUCUUCCCGCACCUGCUUCAAUUUGUUUUCCCUCUGGUGGUGCUGCUUUCGGGAAAGUAACGUUGUUUGCUGAUGGCUGCAAAUCAUCCUGUCAAUUCUUUCUAGCUGAAUUCUUGAAGGUACAAACCAUCCCCAAAUAGAGUGAUAUACCAAACAAAUAUUUUCCACGCUCCCGCCCGUGCUUGGGGGGGGUACUGUAGAGCUGUUAUAGGUAUCACCACUUAGCAAGUAUAAAUGUAGCACAUGCAGAUGCUUCUAGGAGGUGUUUCUGGAUGUCCGCAGGUGAUGUGAUGAGACACAUUUGCCGGGUGCCCUGGAGCUCCUCGUUUGAUCUUCACAUGUCAUCUAACCCACCCGUUGCUCGCAGGACUCACCUGAGUGCUUCAGCCACCAGCAGCUGGAGGGAAAGAGAAAGAUCUCUCUCCUCUGUGUUUUCCUCCUUUCCAGCAUGCCUAGGUGUUCACCACUGUGAGCUCCCUACCGGCAUUGCUCCCAGAGUCUGAAACCGUGGGCACGGAGGUUUCGGUAGCCUUUUAAAGAUGGCCUCAGCAGGAGGGGCUGGCUCCCCAGGGCCUGACAUCUUUUUUGUUGCUUCCCUCAGUGACACCAGACAUCCACCCUUGGUCCUUGCAGAAGGUGAGCUCAGCAGCCAAGAGCAUGAAAAUAGGAGUCCUGUGGUCACCUGCAUUUCCAGAAAACUUGGGUUCCUCCCCAAGAGCCCCAAUGCUACUGACUGCUGGAUGGCCAGAUAACCCCCGCCUGCCUCUUGUGCCAUACCAACGCAAAGGAAAUUCCCUUCCAACAUCACACAGGGGGUGGCUAUCGCAUAGCGGCCCGUGUUUGUCCUGGCAUGAGUCGGAUCCAGCGUAUGGUGAAGCCAAUAUGAAAUCUCGCUGCAGAAGCAGGGUGAAUGCAGCCCUGGGAGCCUGGCGUAGGGGCCACCCACCCCAGCCUGUGUAAAACACACUGUGGUGCAGGGAGAGAUCUUAAAAUGUCCAAACGUGAUCAUUCAAGGGCAAAAAAUUGAAGCUGAGGGCAGUGGUUAAUCCAGGAGCCCUUUUUUUGGUAGCGCUACCUCCCAAGGGGAAUCCAUCCUAAGGAGGGCACCGGCUAUUCCCGUGACAGCAUCGCACCGCACAGCAAACUCCUCUUGCUGCUGAAUCCACCGGCGGGAUUUUUGGCAGGGGCCGACAGGACAGUCCCGUAGGUGAAAGGUUUUCCUGACUGACGUCCUGCUUCCCAUGCCCGCUGGGACAGGUCUGUACCUGCUGCUGAGCAUCAGAGGAAGCAGCAGUAAAGGAAAAGGAUGAUGAUCAAGCGGCUUUUCCUCCUGGUUUGCACCAGCCCGUGGAUGCCCAAGAGGGUGUCAGGGGAGGGAAGAAGGCACAAAUCUGCACAUGCCUCCUAACGAGGAGCCUUCGUUAUCGGAGCCUGGAUUGAUUCGGUGUUUGUUGGUGCAACACGUUGGCAAAUGCGAGAUUUCUGAGUGAAAUAUUUGCCAGCACUGUUAAGCUCCAUUAAGGCAACGUUUUGAGAGUGUGUUGUGUACAU